UAUUAAUCCAUCAGUGUGUAUGUUCUUAAAAACCAAGCAAAUUAUUCCCAACUUGUUCUUCAAAUAUAUGAAUCCAUCACACUCUCCCAAGUAUAUAAGAUGCUUUCGAAAUGUUUGACUAGGUUUAUUUACGUUUGCAAUCCUCUUCCUCCAUCGAAGUCGAUCUCUGCGCUGAUGUUGAUUGGGCACGUCACGCAAGUCCAUGAGAUCGAAUCGAGUCCGGUUGCUGAACCACAGAAUCAUCAAGGACCUAACAGACGGCGGUUUCUUCGAGCAAGCCCUCCAUGUUUACCGAUGUCUUCGUCUUUCCGACGUAAAGCCCGACAGAUUCACAUUCACGUAUGUGCUCAAGUCCUGCGUCGGCAUUUCAGCUAUUGAUGAAGCGAUGUCGAUCCACUCCCACAUCUUCAAGUGUGGUUUCGUAUGCAAUUUGCUUAUCACUAAUUCCUUGAUAGAAGUGUAUUCUAAUUUUGGCGCGUUAAGCUCCGCCCGGCAGUUGUUUGAUGAUAUGCCUCAGAGGAACUUGGCUUCCUGGAACUUAAUGAUUUCUGGCUACGGGAAGAACGGUCACUAUAAGGUAGCCUUGGAGCAGUGUAGUUAUAUGAAGCAUGAAGGAUUAGUAUUAGAUAAAGUGGGCGUAAAAAUUGUUCUUCCGAUAAUUGGCCAUGUGAAAGCCUUUAGUCUGGGUAAAUGCAUUCAUGCUCAUGUCAUCAAUACUGGUUUAUCUAAAGACACAGCUGUAGUGACUGCUCUUUUAGACAUGUAUUCGAGAUGUGGAGAAUUUCGUGCUUCGAGCCAUCUCUUUGAUGAGAUAUCGCACAAGGAUGUCAUAUGUUGGAAUGCAAUGAUCACCGGGUACUCUCAACUUGGUAAACCUCUUUUGGUUCUUGAGCUCUUUAAGCGAAUGCUGUUCGAAGGCUUCGGGCCAAGCAUUCCUACCAUAUUGCUUCUACUUCAUGCUUGCACUGUUCUAUCUGUUAUCCAAGUUGGAAAGUGUAUGCAUGGCUAUAUCACAAAGCUUGGUUUCAGUUCAGAUGUUUCUGUAAGUGGACUUCUGAUAGACAUGUACUCUAAAUGUGGAGAGUUGGGUUCUGCUUCUCGUGUUUUCGGUGAGUUGUCCAGAGGGAAUGUUCAUUCAUGGACUUCCAUGAUUCAUGGUCUUGGCAUGCAUGGAUAUGGUAGGGUUGCUCUGAUGGCAUUUUUUAAGAUGGUGAAGAUGGGCAUUGUUCCUGAUGGCAUCUGCUUCCUUGUCUUGCUUGCUUCUUUCAGCCACUGCGGAAUGAUGGAGGAAGGGCAUAAAAUAUUCUAUUACAUGGUAUCACAAUAUGGUGUCCAGCCUAGUAUGGAGCACUAUGCAAGCAUAGUUGAUCUUUUUGGGCGGGCAGGAUACAUAAAUGAAGCAGUGGGGUUUCUAUCGCAGAUGCCAAUAGAACCGGAUAGUACUGUCAUGGGGGCUUUACUUAGUGCAUGUAGAAUUCAUGAUCAUAAAGAGACACAAGAAGUAUUUGAGAGGUUCUUCGAACCAAAGUGGUCAGCUGCAGGUCUCUACAAGGUCUUGGUGGGCAUUCAUGCAUGCAGGGGCCGUUGGGAUGAAGUCAUUAAGAUCAGAAGGUUGAUGAAAGAGAGGGAUUUAAAGGGUACCUCCGGAUGUAGUUUGAUAGAAUUAAAUCCAUGAAGUUUGAAAAUGAUUUCAGAAUUUUAUCACAUAUUUCUCAUGUGAUGGAAGCUGAGACAUUUAAUUUAGUCUUUUUUCUUCUUCUCAUUUAUCCUCUUACACAUAAAUUAGGUAAAAAAGAAGCCGAAAGAAAACCCAAAGAACUCGUGUUAAGAUCAGGUUCAUAUACAUGUUCUAGAAGAGCAAAAUUCAAAUUAUAACGUCAGGUUGAACAGUUAAGCUAACUUUUAAUUUUAUAAGAAUCUGAUGAAGAAGAUGCUGAACCAGGCUCGAAUGGGGCACUGUUGUUGUCAUCUCACUUGUUCUGGAUGUAAAUGCAUUGGGACGGUUACCAUCCUGAAUCUUGAAGCUCAACGGUGACUGAGCUUCCACAUGGAAACAGAGCCAUGCCCAUUUAAAUCUAUGUGAUUUUGGAGGUCUCAAUCACUGGAAUCCAGCAUGAUUUGAUGGAGAUCACAGCAGGGAUCUCUUUGUGUGCUGAUGAGCAAGGAGCAGUUGUUAGCAGUUGUUACGGUUGCCGACAAGAAGAUCCAUAUGUAUAAUACAUUAGUCUAUGAAGCUCUAGUUUUUGAGGAGCAUACCGGUUUGGCACUAUGUCACCCUUGGGAGUCCACACACACCAGAGGCACCAGAGAUCUCUCCAGAUUGCUUGGGAGGCACAUCACUUAUAUAACAUUCUUGCAGCAGUUCCGGUCGGAAAUGUGUUAAAGAGUGCCACUGGAGGACAUUUUCAGAGGACUGAGGAAGUUGAUGUGGCUUCGGGUAGGUGUGAGCUUAGAGAUGUGGAACAAGAAUUUGGAGUAGUCUUAGAUCAUGCACAUACACCAGAUUCUCUGUCCAGACUUUUGGACACUGUUGCAGACCUAUGGCCUGCAGACUCGUCUUCGGUAUGCUACUUUUCAAAUGCAUUUUCCUUCAUAUCUUCAGAUUCAUACAUUUGGUUCUUUUACUUCAUGUCGGCAAUACUUAUGUGCUAAAAUGAUUCCUUGUUU